AUCCGUAAACCUACCUCUGCUUUCCGGAGGGGAGGAAAAAACCUUCCCAGGUAAUUGUGGCUGGGCUGGGUGUGACCCUUAAGAAUGUCAAACAAAGAGAGAGUGGCUGGCUGCUUGUCAUAACGGGGGAAGAGAGGACUUUACCAUCUGUGGUCAUUUCCCACAGCAAGCACAGCCCUCAGCUGGCGUGGAAACAGCGGCCCUCACCUGCUCUCUCUGACAGCACUGACAGUGGAAAGGGUGGAGGGAUGUUUGACACGCUGUAUGAGUGGUUCUGGUGGGAAAGAAUCUGGCUGCCUGUGAACCUGACAUGGGCUGACCUGGAGGACAGGGAGGGCCGGGUUUAUGCCAAAGCCUCACAUCUCUACGUCACUGUCCCCUACAGCUUUGCCUUCUUACUCAUCAGAUACCUGUUUGAAAGGUGGAUAGCAACACCAAUUGCUGUCUCUGUUGGGAUCAAGCAAAGAGUCCAUCUGAAAGCAGGGGACAACCCCAUCCUGGAACAUUACUACAUUACUCAGUGUAGAAAUCCUGCUCAGAAAGACAUUGAUGGGCUGUCUAAGAAAAGCAGUUUGUCAGUGAGACAAGUUGAACGCUGGUUCAGAAGAAGACGCAGUCAGGACCUUCCUGGGGUCCUAAAGAAGUUCAGAGAGGCCAGCUGGAGGUUUGUCUUCUACCUGUUGGCGUUCAUCGGAGGAAUAGUAGCACUGUACGAUAAAGAAUGGUUUCAUGACACUCGGGAAGUGUGGACAGGUUUUCCAAACCAGUCCAUGCUGGAGUCUCAGUACUGGUAUUACAUCUUGGAGAUUAGCUUCUACGGCUCUCUUCUCUUAAGCGUUGCCUUUGAUGUCAAGAGAAAGGACUUUAAGGAGCAAAUCAUCCACCACUUGGCCACACUGGUCCUCUUAUCAUUUUCCUGGUGUGUCAACUACAUUCGUAUUGGAACGCUGGUGAUGGUCGUCCAUGAUGCCUCUGAUGUUUUAUUGGAGUCUGCCAAAUUAACCAACUAUGCCAAAUGGGAGAAAACCUGCCAAAGUCUUUUUGUUCUGUUUGCCAUAGUGUUUAUGGUAACACGACUGAUCAUCUUCCCAUUCUGGCUGAUCCACUGUACCUGGGUCUACCCCAUUCAACACUACCCUGCCUUCUUUGGCUACUACUUCUUCAACGUGAUGCUGGUGGUCCUCCUCUGUCUGCACAUAUUCUGGGCCUACCUCAUUCUCUGCAUGAUCCGAAAAUUCAUGUUUGGCACUCUGACCAGAGAUGAGAGAAGUGACAUUGAAGAUGAAGAAGACGAAGAGAGCAGCCUGACAGAGGAUGAAUGUAAGGACCAGCACAAGCUUGCCAAUGGAUUGGCAGUUGGUGAGAAGAAGGACAAGAGAAAUGGCUUUCGGUGCUUGUCUCCACCAGAGAACAACUGCCGGUCAAAGACUGUGUACUGACUUGUGCUCAGUAUGAUCACUAGAGUCGUAGAGAUGUGAGAAAUAGAACAAUGGCAAAUACAUUCAUCCAAUAUGGACCAAAAAUUAAGCAACACGUGAUGUGAUUUGUUUCUUCCGAUGCUGGAACACAAAGCCCAGAAAAUUGCUUGCUGUUAUCACAGUGCUUUGAACUGCACACACGUACAGUGAGAGACUUUAGCCGUAUUUGCACAGGACUAGUAUUACCAGGGGACUUCAUGUGAUUUACAAAAAACUCCCCCACAUCCGUGCUUUGUGCAGCACAUUCGCACGGGAUAAGCGAAGGGUGUAUUUGACUCAGAAAUCAAGAAUUGCUCCACCACAUAUACUGUCAAGGCUCUGUCAAAACUUUAGUUUACCACAGCCAGUGAAACCUCGAACAACAGAUGCUGAUUUGCAAAGGACUACUCUGUUGAACAUGGUUAGAAUGAAAUUUAAUUCCAACUUCAUAGCCAUACUGGCAAAAGUAUAUAGGAUAUUACAAAAUAUCAGAAAGGAUUUAAGGCUAUAAGAAGAGUUAUUUACCAAUUACUUAAAUUUAGUACAUUUUAUUGUAAUACUCAAUACAUACAUGCUUUGUGACAAAAAAAUGGUGUUAUUUAAUCCAAUGAAAGGACAAUACAUAUCCAAGACCUUUGUGAAACCUUUGAAAAAUAUGGUGGGUAAUUAGUGUUAGAAUAUUUAUUCAACAAUUUACAGACAUGGCCGAUUUGCAUAGACGACCUAUGUAAUUAUUGUAGUGGUUCUCCGGUGUUACUAGUCUAGCGUUAACAGGGCUUUUUAGAUGUUUUUGGCUCACCCUCUGUUCUUUCUUACAGUGUUGUCAGUGGCAACACUUCACUGCCCUGCAGACCAGGAUAGAUAACAAGAUAACAAAACACAAUCCCCACCAUGUGCUCAUCACCACAUCUAUAUCUGUUUCGUAUAGUUUGAAAAUGUAGCUAGUGCCACCGUGAGUUACACCUGCACAAUUAAAUUUCAAAAUCCAAAUCUGUAAAAAAACACAGACACGACAAAAAGAACAGUCCAGAUUAUUUCCCUUUUGUAUACUCGACUGCUCACACACUUUUAACAUUAGAACCGUUUAUUUUAUAUACAUACUGAUAAUGGUGGUUCAAUACAGGUUCCUGAUUGAUACUUUUUCAAUACCAAUUUUAUCAAAAUCCAUUAUAACAGAAAGAUUUACAACAGUACGGUUCAAUUUUUGUUCAGCUCUUUUACACCUAUGUAACACUAACUGUAGUCCAGCCUCUCUAAACACAACGCACACACGUGGGCCCUGUCUCUGAGCGUAGCAAAGUGUUUUUUUUCUGGAUGCCUCUACGACAUUUAACGUUUGACAGCUAAUCAACAGCAUUAUUAGAUCUUGAUAUAACCAUGCUGCAUGCUUAUUGGCUCACUGACAUCAAUGACAUUUACUCCUUUAGGUAUCGAAAGUUGGUAUUGAAUAACAAGGCAUUUUUCCAUACUCAAAACAAUGGAGGCAGUUCGGUCGCUUCCUAAAACUGUUUCACCGUGCGACUCUGCUUGCCUGGCUUCUCUGGUGCACGCAGUCCAGUCACUCAAAACGUCCUUGGCACAGCUCAGUAAAUAAUGUCUGAUGGGCCGGCGUGGCCGUCUGGCCUGUGUGUGGUGUGGCAGUCAUCAAGGUCCAGCAAGCACCAGCUGUGUCAACUCACCUGGUAUUGCUCUCCUCAGCCACACACACACACACACACACACACACACACACACACACAGAGAGAGAAAGGUUUUACAGCCCAAACUGUACAUCAGCACAUUGUAAUAGAUGAUAUGAGUUUUCCCAAUGUAAAAGACACAAUAUUUUAGGGAGUUUUUUCUUGCCUAAUGUUAUUUAUGAUUUCCCAAAGAAUGAUAACAAGUAGGGCUGUACCAUAUGAGGAAAAUGUGCAAUAUUCGAUAACGUUAUUGAAUAGCAUGAUAAUGAUAUUACUUGUAAUAAACAAUAGGCGUGGGAUUUUUUUUUUUAAAUGUGUUGAUUUUUAUUAUACAGACAUGUACAAAUCAGAAAACAGAGUGACUGAAAGAAGAUGGGAUAAUGGACAACACCUCAGAGUUUAGGCAAUAGUGGACAAAAAAAAAAACACAAAAAUGGCCAAAAGGAAAAAAAUGAAAAAGUUUUGUAUUUAUACACUUGAUCUAAUAAGACAUGCAAAAAAUAAUUAGGAAAAAACACAAAAAGGCUGUUCAUCUACCUUAUCACAUUACAUGUGACCACCUCAUGUUUCAUGUUCUAAAAAGCCAAUUCUCUACCUUUAAACAUGACUGAGCCUCUGACAUGGAAGAUUACUGCGAGAGAAGGUGACUUUCACACAUGUUUAAGGCUUAAGCAUGGACUACAAAAUAAAAACAUCAGUACACAAUACAUUUCAUUAAAAGUUGUGUGUGACAAAUACCGUAUAUGUCAAAAUCAAACAAACUCAGGUUUAUAUGUAUAUUGUUUUGAAAAAACGCGUGGAAACAUACGUAAAAGAAUUGUUGCAUCGAUAGUCCAUUUAGAAUCAAAAGGUGCCCAGAGAUUCCCACCCCGAACAAAUAAACAGAUAAAGUGCCCUCACUUCUGCAUUUUUGCUGCUUUCAGUAUUCUGAUAAAGUACAACAAACUGCUUGUUGAAUUUAAAACAAAUUAAAGGAAAUCAUUUCCAACAUUAUAUUAUUGAUCAGUGAAUGAAAUCUAAAAGGCAGCACUAAAAAAAAGAAUGUUAAAGUGCAGUUUUCUACUGAUAUUUUAUUCAUGAUAUGUCGCAGUGUUUGUGAUCUACAAGUGUUACUACUUUCCACUAAACCGGAGAAAACAAGGACGGAAAACUGGUUGUAAUCUUAUUUAUUAUAUGGUAUUACUGAGUGUUCGUAAUAUUACUGAUAGUGAGGGUGGCUGGCAAAGUCCCUGGGAGGCAUGGGCAAACAUUUCAGCAACUUUAAAAAAAAAGGAAUGAAGGUAAAGUGAGUAUAAUGGAGCAAUAUGAAGUAGAUGUGUCAUGGAAAAUGUAUCCUUUGUGUUUGUUUUAUCCCACAGCCCUACAUUUUCUAUGGGUUGUGUCCUGUCAGAUCCAUGAAGUGUAUAGGUUUGACAUUUGGCAAGUAGUCUUGAACACUGAACUUUGUGGGGUUUUUUAUGCAACAGAAAUAAAAUGUGAUGAGAAU